GGAGGAGGCCCCGCCCACUUCCGCCAGGCUCCGGGCAGAGGCUUCAGCGGGGAGGCGUGGGGUCUAAUGGGGCCCCGGCCUCCAGACCCCAGGAACCCCGCGCCCUUCGCAGCACGCACGCGUUUGGUGACCCCGGCCCGCUCCGGCUCUCGGCCUUCCCCUUGGGAGCGAGUUGUUGCCUCCGGGUCGGCGGGGUCUCAGCUUGAACCGCUGUCCCUGUGGGUCCCUCUGUGGCGUCCCCGCUGCGCUGUUUCAAAGGCUCCUUGGCCACGCACCCGGGAGGAGCCCGAGUGAGGGCUGCUGCAAAUGUCCCGGGUCCAGCGCCGCGACGAGCAGGCCUCAGACACAGGACCCCCAUGUCAGUACCCACCCUCGGUGGUCCCGCAGACCUUGGUCCCUCCUUCCCGCCCAGCCAGGAACAAACUAGGGCCACAGCAUUGCUGGACCUAGGCAGGGCGGCCUCUGCUCCGUGGUUUACUACUUCAUCACGGGACAGCCCCUCUGGGGGUGGCUGGCCCUUUCUGUGCUGCUGCCUGGCUUCUUGGUCCAGGGCCUGAGCUAUCUGUGGUUCCGAGCAGAUGGACAUCAAGGUCAUUGCUUGUUGGUCAUGCUACACCUCCUUCAGCUCGGCGUGUGGAAGCGGCACUGGGACGCCGCGUCCACUGCUCUACAGAAGGAGCGGGAAGCCUCCAGCCGAGGCCAGCUGCUGCUGCAGGAGGCCGACCUGUCCGCCCUCCGCCUCCUGGAAGCCCUCCUCCAGACCGGGCCCCACCUGCUCCUCCAGACGCAUGUUUUCCUCGCCUCGGACUUCACAGAUGUUGUGCCAGGCGUGAGCGCCCUGUGCUCCUGGUCCGCGCUGUCCUGGGCCCUGGUGUGCUAUGCCUGCUUCAUGGGCUUCGUGAAGCCGGGCCACGUCUUCACACCUUGGGCCGCCCUGCUCUGCCAGCAGCUCUGGAGGAUGGGCAUGGUGGGAGCCCGCGUCCUGAGUCUGGUUCUCUUCUUCGGAGCCCACCGCGUCUGGGUUUUAGUGUUUGGAGGUGCCCACUGGCUGGUGAUGACCUUCUGGCUUGUGGCACAGCAGAGUGACAUCAUCGACAGCACCUGCCAUUGGAGACUGUUCAACCUGCUCGUGGGGGCCGCGUACAUCCUCUGCUACCUCAACUUCUGGGACAGCCCUUCCAGAAACCGGAUGGCCAUGUUCUAUACGAUUAUGCUGCUGGAGAACAUCGUCCUUUUGCUGUUGGCCACUGACUUUCUCCAGGGGGCCUCCCGGACCAGCCUGUGGACCAUAGCUGGAGUCUUGUCUGGAUUUCUGAUUGGCGGUAUCUCGCUGGUAGUUUAUUACAGCCUGCUACACCCUAAGUCCACAGACAUCUGGCGGGGCUUUGUGACAGAGGUCCGUGGCACUGCCGUGGGUGAUAGAGCGGAGAGAGGAUCUUCUCCCCGGGCCUCGGCCGCAGCUGGAGAGAGGCCAGGGAGCCCGGGGGACAGUUGUGAGUUAACACAUCUGGGUAGGGCCCCUAGCCCACAGUGGGGACCCCCAGAGGCUGGGCUGGAAAGCCAGAUCGUUCAGGAAGAUUCCUUCCUCGGUCACCAUCACUGGCUGUUGGUGAAACUUGCCCUCAAAACAGGAAAUGUGUCUAAGAUCAACGCAGCCUUCAGAAAAGACGGUCCUGGCUUCUUCGGUCCCCCUGAGUGGGGACUGAGCCAACACCGCAACCAUCAGAUGACGCCCAGGUUUUCCCAGAAGGAGCUUGCAUCGUCACCCCACGACCCCCUCUCCUCAGACAAGGGCUGUGAGUCUCAAGUUGUCCAGAAAGCAGAGGCCGACCUGCUGGACACCUCAAGCUACGUCUCUUUGGCCGGCGACAAUCCAGACGAAGCUCCUGGCCGGCGGUGGUCAGCUGCACCCAGGGAGGGCAGCCCCAGGGAAGGAGCCGAGGCGGUUUCUCCGCUGCAGGGCAGGGGUGCAGGUGACCGGAGAGGAGGGGCAGGACAGGAGAGCGCCACCCUGUACUUUAGUGCCACGGCCGAGGGGGCCACGUCCCCACAGCGGGAAGCCGGGCAGGCGACUUCGCAGACACCCCUGUCUGGGAGGAGUUCGGAGCCCUCCCCUCGGCCGGCCACUCGGCCCUUCCCUGCCACCAUGGCCAGCAUUAGCCCGAUCCUGGGCCCGGGCCGCACCGGCAGCUUCCACCCCAGCACAGGCUUGCCCGGCAGAGCCCUGGGCGGCUCAGAGCGUGGGGGACAGCAGGAGCCCAUGGGGGACCUGAAUCUUCCCACCAUUGCGGGGACACGGAUGGCAUUACCAGAGGUGAGUCUGAGGCCCGCAGACGAGCCUUGCCUCACAUCCACCCCCAAGUGUGAGCCUGCCCACGGGGACUGCGGCGGGAGGGCCCGGCCGAGGACCAUGCCAAGUUUCUCCAUGUGACCGCAGUCCCGGCGGGCAGGGCGACAGGCGGCCGAGUCACGCUGGUCCCUGGGCUUUGAGAUUUGAGACCGGAGAAUCCCAGUUCUACCUCUGCCCUCCGUGUAUCCCCCGGACCUGUUUGCACAACUGAAGCGUGAACGAGCUGGACCAGAUUAUUGGCGAGCUCCCCGUACACACGUGUGCACAGGACACACUUUCCUGUCACGCUGUGGGAGCGGGACAAGGGGCUUCCCGUCAAAAUUGCCCGCUUCCUUUUACCAACGAUAUGAUCCUGAUUUUUAAAUUUAAUUUAACCUUAGUUUUGUUGCUGUGGCUUCCACGAAAGUCAAAGGUAAAGAAAGCCCAGGGUUCCGUUUCAUUGUGAGUUCUCGUUACAGUUUGCCUCUGCUGACACGAGGGGAUGAUCAGUCCCUUAAAAAUGUAUUCUCCCUGUAUCACUUUACGGACCUCCAUGAUAAGAUAAUGCAAGCCCUUUCUGGAAGCAGAUGAGAAAGCUGUGCUUCUCAUCAUCAACAUAGCGGAAGAAUGCAAA